UUAUCAGCGUGUAAUAUUUAUGGCAGAUUAAUCAUUUAAAACACCGUUGGCUAAACGCAAACCAAGUAAGGACUUUGAAAAACCGCUUCCGCAGUCGUAACGUUUGACGUCAACGUCAGGGGAGAGAACAACAUCUGAUGAAAGGCUGCCUGCAGCCAGCAGCAGUAAAGUGAACCGAGACACGGACUACUAGCGCCACUGAGAACACCAUCGACCCGAUACGUCGGUUUCCCCUAGAAGUCCCAGCGUACCCGAACCGCCUUCGGGAUGACAGGUUCGUGGAGCACCGAAGGGUCAAGCGCAUGAUGACAUCCAUUCCCAACGCGACCAGCCGCCGGGGCUAACAUCCCUUAGCCGCUAACGGUCUCGGCACCGAGCUGCCCUGCUAGCCGGUGGCCGUCACUAACCUUGGUAGGCAUCAGAAGAAGACUAUUCAUAUAAACAUGUCCCCGGUCAUUCAAAUACGCGCAUUCGUGUUACCGUCCCAUUGCGUUACUUGACGUGUAGUAGGCCUACAUGGUCAUCAGUCUCUUCUUGAAUCGUAGUUUGGGCUCACUCUGCUAGCGGAGGUAACGUUACACCAAGUGGGCACGAGAGCUUGUCACAGCCUUUAAACAACUCGAACCAGAACAAGAAAUGAACAGUGAAUCAGGGACAUCCGUGCCGUGUGAAGCCAAACCACCUCCCUCCUCCGGUCGCCCACGCCUCAACCACUCCGAGUCGGAACCAGACCUCGGGCCGAACCCCAAGACCUUCACGCGGCUGUGCAGCCGGGACGAGGAGGACCGAGCCGCGGCGCUCGAUGAGCUGACCCAGGCGGUGCUCGCGCGGUUAGGGCUGGACCGGCCCGGUUCCGAGCGCCUGUGCGCGUCGACUCUCCUGCAUCUGCUACGGUUGUCUCGGUCGUGUCCGCUGUCCGAGGUCCGAGAGAGGGCAGCCAAACUGCUUCGCACUGCACAGGAGCGAGGAGUUGAAGUACCACGGGCUCUAACUUCAGGUUCAAGUGCAUUUAUCCCAGCUAAAGAGAUGCAGAAGGAGGGGAUCGAACAGGAUGUGCUGCUCGACGCCUUCUUCUCGCUGGGACGUCUGGACAACAUCACCAUGGCGAUGGGGCUGCACCCAGCCUACCUCAGCUGCUUCCUGAGGACUCAGCACGCUCUGCUGGAUCUGGACGGGCCCCUUCCGAGUCUCUGGAGACACUAUAUCGUCAUCAUGGCAGCGGCGAGGCACCAGUGCUCCUACCUGGUCCAGCAGCACAGCGCGGCCUACCUGGAGGCGGGCGGGGACGAGAGCUGGCUGGGCGGCGUGCAGCAGGCCCCCGCCAAGCUGCGCAGCCUGCAGGGCCUCAACAAGCUGCUGGCUCACAGGCCCUGGCUCAUCACACAGCAGCACAUACAGGAGCUGGUGUGUCCGGGGGCGGAGUCUCGCUGGUCAUUGGCUGAACUGAUCCAUGCGGUGAUUCUCAUGGCGCACGCCCAUUCGCUGUCCUCCUUCGUGUGGGGCUGCGGGGUGAACCCUGAGCCUGACCACACAGGAGGCCACGCCUUCAGCCCUCCGUCGCCCAAUCACCUGCCCUGCGGCCCCCAUAGCCCCGCCCACGAGGACGGCAGGCAAGAGCUGACGGACGGCGUGAUGGAGGUGGAGGUGCUGAUGAAGAGGAUGGUUGAGCUCCAGGAGCAGGAGGAGGAGUGCACCCAGGAGGAGAUGCUCACACGCUUUGAGCGGGAACGCAGCGAGAGCAUCCCCACCGCGGUGGUGCGGGGAGCCCCUCCGGAGGUGGUGCUCCGCCUGGUGGAGGACCCAGAGUUCAGUUAUGAGGACUUUGCCCCCCGGGGAGAGCAGGCCCCGCCAACCAUGAGGGCACAGGACUACUCCUGGGAGGACCACGGCUACUCCCUGGUGAACCGGCUCCUUCCAGACAUGGGACAGUUGCUGGACGAGAAGUUUCAGGUGGUGAGCAACCUGACCUACCACAGGAUGGCCAUGCAUGAGGGCGUGGACACCUACACCCUGAGGAAAGCCCUGUGGAACUACAUCCACUGCCUCUACGGCAUACGCUACGAUGACUACGACUACGGCGGCGUCAACGUGCUGCUGGAGCGCUCCCUGAAGGUGUUCGUCAAGACGGUGGCCUGUCACCCAGAGCAGACCACCGCGCGCAUCUACCACGCCUUCUGGAGGCACUUCAAGCACUCUGAGAAGGUUCAUGCCAACCUGAUUGUCAUGGAGGCUCGACUUCAGGCUGCGCUUCUCUACACUUUGCGAGCCAUCACACAUUACAUGAGAUGACACAUACACACACACACACAAGCAUGCUGAUCCUGAGCCAGUGAGACGAUUUAAGGCUUGUCUCAUCAUCACACACACACACACACACACACACACACACACACACACACACACACACACACACACACACACACACACACACACACACACACACACA